AAGGGAUUACACGUUACCGUUUGAUUUAACGGGUAUCAAUUACUUACAAUAUUUCUUAAGUUUCAUUUCAGACUAAAUAUUUACAGCUAUUUAUUUAGAAACAAACAACAUAAUUUCUAAAUUGAGCUUCACACUACUUUAACUGUAUUUAUGUACAUACAUAUUUAUGUACACGAAUGACUAAUUACAUGCCAAAAUAAAUAGGUCCAAUUAUUACCGACUUAAAAUUAAGUGUUUUACAGUGCUAUUAUUUUACGAAAUAGUUAUAUUUAGAUAAGUACAUAUGUAUGUAUUAUUGCAGGAACAAUUGUACCCCUAAAAAUAUUAGGACUGCUAUUUAGAUAAAUUUCUAAGUUUUCCGUCAUGUAUUUAUAAUAAUUAAACUCACAAAAAUUCAUAUCUUGAUGAAAUAAUCGAUGACAAAAAAAACAUUCUUCUCAGCGACCAUCAAGUUUCAUGAAAAUCAAAACAAAACAAAAUUUUGUAUGAAAACAGAGCAAAAUGAGAAAGACGGUGGUAAACCGCAACCGCCAACCGCGUGACAAUAAACACCAUCAUCUGUUUUAAAAAACUCUCAUAAAACUUUUCUCAUAAAACUCUCAUAAAACUGUGAAGAAAAACCUCAAAUCUAAUUUCUAAAUAUUUAAUGUGAUUGAAUUUGUUAAAUAAAUCACUACGAAAAACCUAUCUAUCUCAUCAUUUGAUGGUCGGAUUAGACAAUUAAUCCGGUCUUUACUUGUUCGCAAUUUUGAAAAGAACUGUAUCGUCAAUUAAGAUGUCGGGUCGUGACUGCUGCUUAUUUUGCGGUACGGACAGCAAUAUUUCGACACGGAUGGGAAACGACAGAUCGCGAAGCCUUCACGUUAUUUCGAUUCUUCAUAAACUUCUUCAGAUUCCGAUCUGGGAAUGUGGGAAAUAUUUGGACUUUCCGUCCCCUUCGUCUUCUUCUUCCCCUCCUCCGGGGACGGAUUGGCUAAUUUUGUGCACCUCCUGCUCAUCAAUGGUCGCCCACGGUCACGACCUCGUCCAACAGCUUGACCGAAUUCAAAAUAAACUUGGAAUAAUCCAAACAACUUUGCUAAACCAAAUUGCAAAGCCACAAAAAAAAGUUAUGACGAAGACAAAGGCUAAGAUUUUUAACCAGUUAAAGCGAGACAUUUCUCGAAGGACGGGUCCACUAGACACGAAUCGCCUACCUAACACGCGUCAUGGGAUCGACAUUUCAAGUUAUGAACGACAAGGUUCAAUCGACGACAUGAAUCUCGACGUCCUUGUGGAAGAGAUUAAGAUUGAGCAUCCAGAAAUUAAUUUAGAUUACGACGAUGAUCUCAGCCCCGACGUGGAGAUGGAGGCUGAGGACGGCGAGUCGAUGCAUUUUAUUGAGAGUGGAGACGACGAAGAGGAAGAAGCCGAUACACACUUGGAGGAUCAAGAUGAAACAAAAGUUCGUAAGCCAAGGAAGUGUAAGAAAAGUAAAAAUGAACAAAGAGUUAAACUUACGACCAGGAAGAAACGCCCAAAAAUAGGGGAAAGCGGUCCUGAAGAUGAAGAUCUAAAUCUCACUGAAGGACGCAAUUCGAAGCGCAAUAAUAAUCCACCUCGUCUCGUAAAGCCUUUGAUAUUCGAAAAAUCAAAGUACACCCAGUAUUUUGAGAAGGUCUCCCCAUCCGGGCUGAGACCCAAGUCGUCGAAGACUUCCACUACCAAGGACCAAGUGAGGUGCACAUUACCGGUCAAAGAUAACGAGACUGAAAUCUGCAGCGAGACUUUGACCCUUCAAGAAAGAUCUUACAGUAAUUUGGUGCUGCACUUGAAGAGGAAACAUGAACUUAAUAUUGACCAAGCUACGAGGGGGUCAAAAGCUCGACUAAUAAGUCAUACUGGAGAUAAUAAUUUGUGACAUGUAAAAUUAAUUAUUUGAGAAAUACUGACAUCAUUUAGUUAUUGGAAAAUUUCCAAUGUAAAUUUUUUAAACCGAAUAAAAUGCUAUAUGCCAAUAUUGACAUCAAAAGAUGAAGAAUG